GCGCGGGCGGCGGCAGGGGCCGGGGCCGGAGCGCCGCGGGGAGGGAACCAGCCAGCGGGAGGCGCCGGUAGGAGCUGGCGGCUGCGUAGCCACCGCCGACCUGCCCCUCGCCGUCCCCACCGUCGGUCGGUAGGGGAGGCCUGUCCGCGAGGCCUGUGCUGACCCUCGGCUCUAAGCACUCGGGGCGCGGGGACACGGGCCCAUGGCCACCGCGGCGGCUCCGUCUUCCUUGGCCCUCAAAGCCUGCAGCACGGCCGGGGUCCCCAGCUCCUACGGAGUCUUCUGCAAAGGACUCUCCCGCACCUUGCUCGCCUUCUUCGAGCUAGCCUGGCAGCUGCGCAUGAACUUCCCGUACUUCUACGUCGCAGGCUCGGUGAUCCUCAACAUCCGCUUGCAGGUACACAUUUAGCGCCGCGCCCAGGAGGCCGGCGUCCCGGCCCGGACAUGGCCGCCUCCCGCGAGGCCCGGCGGCGAAGCGGCGCGGCGAGCGCGAGCUCUGGAGUCUCGCGAGAGGGCGUGAGCGCUCUCUGCGGCUGCGCUCUGGGUCCGUCGCGGAGCUUCGGGCCGGCGGCGGAAGGCGGGGAGCGGCUGGCGGGGGCGCCGCGGUCGGUUUUCCGGGGACCGCGAAGCGCUUCAGCUUAUUUAAGAAGCUUUGCAGCCUUCAAGCAAAAACAGAGCGACCGUGACGCGUUAGGAAAAAGGAAGGCUACGAAAAAGUUUUCAGAAAAAUAAAUGUUCGUGUACAGCAAGCUCACGGUCCGAAAUAAAAUAGGAAAACGUAAAUUGCGGGAAGAUUGGAUUGGAUUGUAAGCAGGACCUUGAAUUAAUAAGAAGCUGAAGGUCUUAAAGAUACACGUGGAAGGCAAAAAUAUUUCCUCAGUCCAGCAAGAGAAAACCGGGACAAUCCAAUUUUCAGUGGGAAAAAAAAAAAAACCACCACAUAAAGCAUCCUUCUGAUGCCAAACAACGUAAAAUGCUGCUGGAUUUUGAACAGGGGGUUGGAGUGUAAGAAAGUGGACUCUCGGUGCCCCUGUGAGUAGCGAGUGGUUCGAGCCCUCGGAGCCAACCAGGCACAGCGCUAAGCGGGGCCGCCUCGUGAAUAACGUGUAAAUGAUGGUCAUGAUGUAAAUGCUGCUGGUGGUUUUCGUCUUUUGAGAUAAUUCUCAAUCGUUGUGAGAACGCGAAUGUUACCAGCAUCGAUCGUGGAAAAGGACAGUUAAGAUGCAGGGAUGUUGAAGCGGGAGGGAAUGGUGAUGGUGAGAGAGACAGUCGUCAAUGGGGAAGGGCGUUUUAGUAUUUAAAGAGCAAACGGUAGAAGCGGUAUGCCGUAAAGUUGCAAUAUAACCGUGUUAAAGAGGGAGGAGAGUAAGGGAGAACAGCAUGAAUUCCGUAAGAAAUGUCUAAAGAUAAAAAAAGUUAGGUGGGAUGUCUCAAAAAGAAAACCUGAGAGUACCGGGUGUGUUUGAAUAUAAAGAGGUUUUUGUUUUGUUUUGUUUUGUUUUUUCAGAGUCUGAGGAUGAAUUGGUGGUCUGCAGAUUCCUUAGAAAUUAAGAAAAUAAAUCUUAUUAUGAAACAGGAA